GCAUUUGUCUGCGUGUGGGGCGGGGCGUGUCUGCGGCGCGAUUGUCGGCUCCUCUUUUCCGGCGGACGGGCUGAUAGAGAAAACAAUACGGAAGAUGUCUAAGCAACAACCAGCUCAGUUUAUAAAUCCAGAAACUCCUGGCUAUGUUGGAUUUGCAAACCUUCCCAAUCAAGUUCACCGAAAAUCAGUGAAAAAAGGUUUUGAAUUCACGCUGAUGGUGGUUGGUGAAUCGGGUCUAGGAAAAUCGACUCUGAUAAACAGCCUGUUCCUGACUGACCUCUAUCCAGAAAGAAUCAUACCCGGAGCUGCAGAGAAAAUUGAAAGAACUGUCCAAAUUGAGGCUUCAACCGUUGAGAUUGAAGAGCGUGGGGUUAAGCUGCGCCUUACGGUGGUGGAUACGCCUGGCUAUGGGGAUGCCAUCAAUUGCAGGGAUUGUUUUAAGACCAUCAUCUCCUACAUCGAUGAGCAGUUUGAACGCUACCUGCAUGAUGAGAGUGGCUUGAACAGGCGUCACAUCAUUGACAACAGGGUGCACUGCUGCUUCUACUUCAUUUCACCUUUUGGCCACGGGCUGAAGCCUUUAGAUGUUGCAUUUAUGAAAGCAAUACACAAUAAGGUAAACAUUGUGCCUGUCAUCGCGAAAGCCGACACCCUCACUCUAAAGGAGCGUGAGCGGCUGAAGAAAAGGAUUCUCGAUGAAAUUGAAGAACAUAACAUCAAAAUCUAUCACUUACCCGAUGCAGAAUCAGAUGAGGAUGAAGACUUUAAGGAGCAGACUAGGCUCCUCAAGGCCAGUAUCCCAUUCUCUGUGGUUGGAUCCAACCAGCUGAUUGAAGCGAAAGGCAAGAAGGUCAGAGGUCGCCUCUACCCAUGGGGUGUUGUGGAGGUUGAGAACCCCGAACAUAACGAUUUUCUGAAGCUGAGAACAAUGCUCAUCACCCACAUGCAGGAUCUCCAGGAAGUGACCCAGGACCUUCACUAUGAAAACUUCCGUUCUGAAAGGCUUAAGAGAGGCGGCAGGAAAGUGGAGAAUGAGGACAUGAAUAAAGACCAGAUCCUGCUGGAAAAGGAAGCUGAGCUCCGCCGCAUGCAAGAGAUGAUCGCAAGGAUGCAGGCGCAGAUGCAGAUGCAGAUGCAGGGUGGCGACGGUGACAGUGGGGCUCUUGGGCACCAUGUGUGAGGAAUCCCUCCUGAAUAAAAAGAACACAUUCCUGUUGAGGGUUAUUGCUACAGAUUUUCAUGAGAUCCUUGGAAGGGUGCCCGUUCUCAUAUGUAGUACCUGUGCCUAAGAAUUCAAUUUUUUAAACUUUUGAUGUGGGUCUUUUUUUUGUAUGAAGUACUUUUAACAUUUGUAUUUCAUUACUAUGUUACACUUUAUAAUUUGUGAGAUGAGCUCGUGUUUUCAUUUUCUGUCCUCUUAACUAACCACUAAUGUUAGAAUUGAUUUCUGAGAAUCAGCCAGCAUGUAUAGUGAGUAUUGAAUUGCUUUGCUGUAGCUUCUUGAUUUACAUCUAGACCAUCCAGGUUUAGAGUGUUUCUGUGUGUGGACAUGUACCUGUGACCGAGAAGGCUGCGUGAACUUGGUACCAGGGCAUUUGCUUACCAGCUUGCACUGUAUGGAGCCUGUUACCUUUUUUGGUUUUGGUUUUGUACAACACCCGAAUCCUUGGCUGCUACAGUUCAAUACCGAUAGUUAAUUCCUAUGCACAUUUACCUUUAACAGAAUAAAACAGAGCAGACUUUCUAAUGAGAUAACCUGCUUCUAUAUAAGUAACUUUUUAAAAACAGAGUUUUAGGGUAGAUUCUCAUCCUAAGUCAUUUUUUAAACCUCUGCAGAGAAUUCAUCAUGAGCACUUUUUAUCGUGUUCGCCACGGUUACUGGUUAUGCUGUGCUGCCAAGAAAACCAAACCAGCUGUGAGCUCCAGCUUCAUGUUGCAGUAAUUUUUUACACAAUGAGAGUCAGUAAACUGUUUUUACACAACUAAAUUAAGAAACCAUUUUUAAAGAAAUCAGCCUUUUUGUAUUUUAUGCUGCACUUUAAUGUAUCAUCUGUAACUGCAGGUGUGAAAACCCUCCUGAGAAGUCGAAAUUGGAGUACUUUGUUCAGCACACUCCCAGCCCCAGCCUGGGUGUUGGAUGUUGUCCUGUUAGAAUGCCGUAGCCCCAUGAAGCCCAGACCCCUGACUGGUUUUCCUGAUUUGAGUGUUCCUUCAUUGUUCCUUUUUUGAAUAAUUUUCUGUUGGGAUAAAAAUAGCAAUUGUCUUAUUUUUUAUGUGCAGACUGUGAUCUAUUUUCAGCCACUGUCAUUCCCUUCAUUUUGCACAAUACAGAUUUCUCCAUAUGUCCUAUGGAGUGAAAGGCAUUUCCAAUCUGGGCCACAGGCUGGUAGCCAGGUACCCACAGUCAAAACUGCAUCUGGUUUGUCUUCUCAACACUGUGGCCUUGGUCUCCCCUUCCUGCCCUUCCUCCUCCAUCUCCCAGUAGUUCACCUUCGAGUCAUCUCCGCAUUUCUUAUAACCUUACAAAACUGGGCCAUAGGAAAGAAUGGAAGUGUGAGGAAGACAGCAGUUGUACUGGUUCAGUAUUUUCAUUUUAUUGCAACAGGAGCAGUUGUGCUGAAGAAAAGGCUUGAUUCGUGAUGAGAUACAGAGAUUUGGGAUGUUUUGUUUUGGCCAAAAAAAUCCAUAGUGAGAUGGUCCAAAGGGGUUACAAAGGUUGUGAAGUCGAAGGCUCUAAUGGUUAAGCUCAUUGUGUGAAGCUUCUACAGAGAAAAGUGUCCUGGACUUUAGAAUACUCUCAUGCAAAGUCAGUGAUUGGGGUUAUUUUGACAUGUAUUAACUGCUUUAAAAAGUAUACAAACAAAAGGCAUUUUCAAGGUGUCAGUGUCAGCCCUGUGUAUGUCUGAGUAGGGUCUGCUUGGGGGCCACUGGCACCUAGUGACGGCAGUGUGGGCUGGGAGGGACACCUGGUCACACUUCUAAAUCCGCUUUUGCUUUGCUGUCCAAGUCUAAACAUACAUGUUCUUUUACUAAGAGAUAAUCUUUAUAGAAAUGUAUUUUUAAAACACUUUGCAUAGCAAUAUUGUAUCCACUUAAACUAAUCUUUGUAUUCAAUAAAGCACUAUUGCUUAGAUA